UGUCACCGGGUAGGGAAAUUGUACCACGUGCCGACUCAACAGUGGCUUGUAUCUAGACAAACGGACCCAGUGCUAAUACUACAUGCGUGGACCUAGAGUGACACAAGGAGAUCAUGAUCACGUGUGAUUGCUGGUACUAGGCGGGCACGUAAGUAGCUCACUAAAAGCAAAGACAGACUUUCAACUUGGAGUGAAACGAGUUCUGCUUGUCAAUUAUAUUCCUGGGGUGUUUGAGUUCCAUACCGGUUGCGCUGGUUAGGUUGAGUUUACGUUCAACAAGUCUCUUGAAUUUAAUAGUGUUCUGUUCUGGUGUUAGGGUUAGGGAUAGUAUGUUUACGCGUUGUCAUUUUAAACCGGGCAAACUUUAGUCUCUACAGCUGUAGACAGUAUAAACACCCUGAACGGGCUGACCCGCCAGUGGGCAUUACAACAGUCACACUCAGUGACUCAGAAACUCCCCCAAAAAGAACUUUAAGCAGUCAUGUGGACAUAAAUACACUCGGGACAUAGGUACACCCGGGACAUAGGGACACCCGGCAGGAUGGACGUCGAGGAGCCUCCCGCCGAGCCGCCGCUGCAGCCGACCCGGCUGUACGUGAAGCGCUGGUUCAUCGUGCUGCUGUUCAGCUCCUACUCGCUGUGCAACUCGUACCAAUGGAUCCAAUACGGCAUCAUCAGCAACAUCUUCAUGCGCUACUACGACGUGAGCACCUUCACCAUCGACUGGAUGUCCAUGAUCUACAUGCUGACCUACAUCCCCUUCAUCUUCCCGGUCACCUGGCUCUUGGAUAAGAAGGGGCUCCGGGUGGUCGCGCUGGUCGCCACGGCGCUGAACUGCGCGGGCACCUGGAUCAAGGUGCUGAGCGUGCGGCCGGACCUCUUCGCCGUCACCUUCCUCGGGCAGUUCUGCUGCUCGUGCGCGCAGGUGUUCAUCCUGGGCAUGCCGUCAACCAUCGCAUCCGUGUGGUUCGGCUCCGAGGAGGUGUCCACCGCCUGUUCAAUAGGAGUGUUCGGCAAUCAGCUGGGCAUCGCCAUCGGGUUCCUGCUGCCGCCCAUCCUGGUUCCCAACGUGGAGGACAUGGACGAGCUGGCCGGGCACAUCCGCAACAUGUUCUACAUCACGGCCGGUGUGGCCACCUUCCUCUUCAUCCUGGUCAUCAUUGUGUUCCAGGAGCGUCCGGAGCUGCCCCCGACCCAGGCCCAGGCCCGGGCGCGUAGCCUCCCCCCGGAGCAGUACUCCUACCUGGCCUCCAUCCUCCGCCUGGUGCGGAACCGGCCCUUCAUGCUGCUCGUCGUCACCUACGGACUGAACGUUGGCUGUUUCUACGCAGUCGGCACCCUCCUCAACCGGAUGAUCAUCAUCCACUACCCUGGUGAAGAGGUGAAUGCUGGGAGAAUCGGACUUACCAUCGUGAUCGCCGGCAUGGUGGGGUCUCUGAUCUGUGGCAUCUGGCUGGACAAAACCAAGACAUACAAGCAGACGACCCUGGUGGUGUACUUCAUGUCUCUGGUGGGGAUGGUCGUAUACACCUCAACCCUUAGUCUGGGCCACCUAUGGGUGGUCUUCGUCACGGCCGGAUCUCUCGGGUUCUUCAUGACGGGGUACCUCCCGCUGGGCUUUGAGUUCGCUGUGGAGCUGACGUACCCCGAGUCAGAGGGCACCUCCUCCGGGCUGCUCAACUGUUCCGCACAGGUGUUCGGGAUCAUAUUCACGAUAUGCCAGGGGAAGAUCAUCGACACUUACGGCACGCUGCCGGGAAACAUCUUCCUCUGCGUGUUCCUGCUGAUCGGCGCCGGACUGACGGCUCUGAUCAAAUCGGAUCUUCGUCGACAAAAAGCCAACAAGCUGGUCAAAAUAGCAGAUCCUGACUCUAUGACUGGCACACCUUCAACAACCAUUUUGAGGGAAUUCAAGUGUUAAACACACACACACACACACACACACACACACACACACACACACACACACACACACACACACGAUCAUUUUAUGAUCAAACAAUGUGAAAGUAAAUUAAGAUGACUGAAUUCAAAAAGUGUUAAACAUUAUUAAUUUAUACCUAUAUCAAAGGUUUCUAAUUAACAUUGUAUAAACACAUAGUUUGUUAAUCUUUCUUGUACUUGGUAUGUUUUGUAUCGAAUCUCAACCACAGAAAUCACAAAAUCAUUGCACUCUGGAUAAUGACAGUGCCUAAAUAUUUUUUGUAUGUGCAAUUCAAUGUCUUUCUAUACGUAACUUCUAUCACUUUAAAAUGUGUUCAAACUUGAUUGUUAAGAUAUUGGGAAACCAUACAGCAGAAAUGAAAUUGUGUAGGUUAUUUCUUAAUGACUUAACAGUUAUUUUAUUAUUUUUGUGAGAGAAAAAGAUUAAUUUGUUGUGAAGAAUAAUCUGCUAUUAUUGUGGUUUGUAUGUUUUUACAUUUUAAAAAUGCCUUAAAAGAGCAACAGAUCUGUGAAAUAUGAAAAAUAUGCUUAGUUGUAUCUUCAAUCAUGGCUGUCUACUUCGAAGUCUCUGUGAGUCUUCCAAACCAUGCCAUAUCUUUGGAAACAUGACAUUAAACAUGUUGAACUGGGAUGAAAAUAAUUUCAUAAGUGGUGAAGAUAUCACAUACAAUACCAUUGUAUCAAAAUGCAGUUAAUAGUAAUCUGUAUUUAACACAACAAUGGCUGCCGCUCGUAGGCCUACGUUUGUAUGAGCGCAGCUCAUGUGAACGUGUGUGUGCACAAUUUAACCACACAUGCCUUGUUCUCUGUAUCUUUUCAUCAGCAGAUUGGAUUACAUUUGGUUUGUUCAUGAAGAACAAUUUGUUGUUAAAUAUUUUGAGCUCCUCUUUUUAAUAAAGUAACCUAUAAGUAAACGUUUGUUCCAAAGUAUGGUGGCAUUGUUAAUCAAACUGGAUAAUUACCUGAUUAUAACCGAAAAGCUGGCUAUGAAUCAAGAAAAAGCGAACUCAAUGACAUCAUUAAAGUUGCAAUAAACUUUUAUAUUGCUCGUAUAUCAAACAUCCAAAAAAAUAUAUGCAAUUACGUGUUCUGUCCACACGGUGACACUGUUGCAAUCCAGUUUACAGGGGCUUCAAUGGCUCAAAGUUUUAACUGGGAUAAACGCUAGCAUGAAGCCUAUUAAAUAUGAAGGCCAAUUAGACAUUAAAACCUGUGAUCAGUAGAGUUGUAUUUAAGAAUAAUUGUCGUUUGCUUAUAGACUAAUGCAGUAUCCGUGUGGCCUAUGACUGCCUAUGAGAUUAUUAAAGCAUAGGCCAACAGCUUGACUCCUUAUACUACAAAACACUAACAUUAGCCUACAGUUGAAAUUCUUCCAAAAGCAGGUAUGUUAGGGAUUCCCUGGCAUUACCAUCGACUACCACCUGGCUGUGUGGCGGAUGUGGGCCGAAACCUUGCAUUAAAACUCCCAGAGAGCACAUAUAGACAAAACGAUGACUGUUGCAUUAAUACGCAUGCAAGUAUGGGUGGCGUCUCAGAUGUUUCCUUUAGUUUUAUGAUGUGUGCCUUUAAGUGUGUAGGUGUGUGUAUAUAUGUCUGGGUGGGUGUAGGCAUAUUGGCGGGCAGAGCGUCUACACAUUCGGGCGGUGGAAUCGAAGCAUGGCCCAUCAGGCCAGAAGUGGGCCUGCACACCUUGCAGCAU